AUGGCAGUUUCUGAACACCUGGCUAAAGCUGUCGUUAAUGCUAUCGACAAACAGCUGAACAAUUGCACGUAUCAUGACGUCACCGUGACGGUUGAAGGCACAGAAUUCCAAUGCCACAGAUUUCUACUGAGUGCCAGCUCCGAUUUUUUCAGGGCGCUCUUCCAGUCUGGGAUGCGGGAGAAUCAGGACAGGAAGGUGGAGCUGAAACAGAUGACGUCAGAGACGUUUGGUCUGGUGCUGGACUGUAUUUACAAAGCUAAAAAUGUUCUCUCGGUGGACAAUGUAUCUGAUGUAUGGCAGGCGGCCAAUCAGCUCCAGAUAGACUUCCUGCUGGAGGCCUGCGAACUCUUUCAGAUGAAAAGACUGUCCAAAGACAGCUACGUGAAACGGCUUGUCGCAAGUGACGACUUGGAAAUUAGUUCUGAAGAUGUUGUCAUUGAUCUAAUCUUAAGGUGGGUAGAAUUUGAUCCACAAUCAGACGAAAGCAAAGUUACGGAUCUCUUUGAACACGAAUCAAAAGAUCGAGCAAAAUUUAUUUUAAUCGCUGCAUCUAACGAAAUGGAAAAUGAAACAAAAGAAAACGACAAAAGACAAAGGCUCGAAAAAUGCAUCAAACCCACCAAGCCUCAGAUUGAAGAUGAAGCCAAAGAUUGUUUAACACCUGUGGUAGAUGUAGGCAGUUCACGGCGUCACAGACAAGCAUUUCUCCCAGAGCUUCUGUCGACAGCAAAAAUUCUUCUGGUAAGUGGCGCAUGUUUCCAGAAACUUUUGGAAAGUGAGACUAUAUCACAAAGUUCUGAUGUUUUUGCUAUUGUGAAAGAAGCGCACGAUCACUAUUUAAAGCCCAGCAAACCGUUUUAUUACUAUCCUUCCCAAGCCACUCAUAGAGCUAAGAGUUUAUUGGCAAAUGUGGUUAUCACAGUCGCUAACCUAUAUGAAUAUUUCCCUAAGAUGUCUUGUAGAACCAACGACGGCACAUGGUACGAACUACAACCGCCACAAUUUAAAUGUACGGCUGUAGGGUUUGAGGGGUGUAUAUAUGUCAUGUCUACUUCCAUUAACCAAAACAAUGCAAUUAGAUACAACCCAAACACGAACACCUGGACUAACUUUGUGUGCCUGAACCCAGUAAGAAACAACUGUCAACUAGUAGGUCUAGACAACUACAUCUAUGCCAUAGGGGGCGACAACUCUACUUCUAUUGACAGGUUCAAUGCUAAAGACGAGCAACAAAAACCAGGUUCCGGCAAGUGGGAGAAAGUGGGAGAUCUCAAAAUGGCGGUCACCAACAUGAUGGCUACUACAGUUGGAAACUCUAUCGUUGUGUUCGGGAGUAAUGCGGCCACAAGCACCACAACCACUGUCCAAAGUUUUAACACACACACCUUGACCAGCCACUUCUACACAGACAACAUUCUUGGAGGUGCCAGCAACAUGGUCAGUUUCAAAGACCGCAGCGACACCUAUGUCCUUCAGCAGACAGGCGCCCUGUGGAAGUUGGCUGCCUGCAAUGAUCACAUUCUCAAGAUGGAGUUCUGCACUGUGUUGUUUGAGGAGAAGUUCAAGCUCUCUGCCGCUCUUAUACAAAAUGAAGAGCUCUUACUUCUGGGGACCGAGAUCAAUCCCAUCAUGCACCGAGAAUGGGACACCAGUCACCUUGGCAUGUUUAAAAGGAUAAAAAUAAUUGAGAGACCCGGAUGUUGUCUUUUUAGCACCGUCAUACCUAAGUCGUUUCUUGUAACCAAGGAAACGUAA